CAGCCACAAGAUGAUACACAAGAGUUGCCUGGUAGCUGUGUUGGUGGUGACUGUAGCGGGAUUGAAGCAGCCACACCCAACACCGGCCGGAUUCUACAACAGACCAGGUUUUCACGCCAGACCCCAUCGCUACCCCGGGCCCCUACACCCAGGUGGCCUCCCGUAUCAUCCUGGCCGUGUACAUCCUGGCCGUGUACAUCCUGGCCGUGUACAUCCUGGCGGUCUUUUACCGGGCUAUAAUCCUGUAGGUCCCCAACCAUACGGAGGACUUGGAUUCCCUGGUGGUCCUGGCUAUCAAGACCCCUACCAUAAUACACCUGCAUUUUACGACUUUGAGCACUCGGUACACGACGACUACACCGGCACCCACUUCGGUCACUCUGAGGUUCGGGAUGGUCACCUGACAGAGGGAAAGUACUAUGUCCAUCUGCCCGACGGCCGCCUCCAGACCGUCAUCUACUAUGCUGAUCAGACGGGCUUCCAUCCCACCAUCACUUACGAAGGCGACCCAAACUACCUGGCUCCUGUGCACGUCCCUGGAGUACCUCUGUCAGGCUACCGUGCCCCCUGAAUCCCCAUCCUCCUGUGUUGUAUGACUCUGAUGUUGUAGCCCUCAUAUCCUGGGCUUCCUGCUUGCACCUGGGGACCUGGAGGCUCAAUACACAAGCUACACACGUUAUCAAAGUUGUGUUUGUCUUUUGGUGAACUUAGAGUAUCACUUGUUUAGUUGGCAUGUUACUGUCUCUGCUUUUGUCAACUUUUUGGUUUCUCUUUCUGCUUCUCUCUGUCUAUCUUGUUCUUUGUCAUUUUUUUUUCUGCCUCUGUUUCUCGGUUCGUCUUAUUCAUUAUUUACUUCACUCUUUUUUCUCUCUUUCUGCUUUCGUCUCUAUGUUCCAUUUUAUCUGGUACUCUCUCCCAUUCUCCUUCAUCUAUCAAAUAAUGCAAAUAUUAACCAAGGAAUUGUUUCUUUGGGAUAAUGAAGCUGUCUGACAACUUAUACAAAAUUUCCUUUAUGUUUAGUCUUGAGUGAAAUACAAAGUGAAAAUCA